AUGGUAUCGCAAAGAGGAGUGAAAGCUAACCCAGAAAAAAUCAAGGCAAUCUUGGAAAUGACCCCACCGAAAAACCAAUGGGAAGUGCAAAUCCUAUACAGAAGAGUAACGGCACUAGGACAGUUCAUCUCGUCAUCAGCAAAGAGAUGCCUCCCGUUCUACAAGACAUUGAAAACGAAGACAUUCAAAUGGGGAAAAGAGUGCGACCAAGCCUUUGAAGACCUAAAGAAGUUCCUACUGAAACCGCCACUACUAAGCCGGCCGAAAGACACAGAAAUCCUUUACUUGUACACUUCAGUAUGCAGAGACGCAACCACAGCGGUUUUGUCAGACCUUGAAAGAUGUGGAGCAAAAAUAUCCAAAAAUCUAAAAGAUGGCGCUAGCCUAGACACCAACGGCAAAGAAGUUGAGAUCAUACUUCAAAGUUCACCCGAUAGUUGUGUGAACCGAUCAACCGACGAGGAAGGCGCUCUGGAGGCCGGGGCUCUCAGGGAGAUUAUUCAAAUGGUAAAUACAACUAGGGGAGCACGACAUUUAAUACGAACCCAGACAGGCAAUGAAAGCCCAAGCGACUUCGUAGCAGAGCUGACUGGAUGUUCCACACCAGACUUGGAGGUAAAACAACAAUGGGAACUAUAUGUCGGCAGGGAAAAGAAUGAAAAGGGGGCAGGGGCAGGAGUCAUCCUCAAAGGCCCACACAAAGUGCAAAUCAAGUACGGAGUCCAUUUGAGAUCUGCAAAAACUAAUAAUAUGACGGAGUAUGAAGUGUUGAUAGCAGGAUUGGCACUAGCGGUCGAGAAACUGUUACGAGAAAUUGAGAAGCGAGGAGGACAAUGGCAAAGAAGGAAGAUAGGAAGGGAAGAAAAUGUAGAAGCAAAUAUAAUAGCAAAAGCAGCCUCAGAGAAAAGCGACAAGUUUCAGCGAAUGAAACUCAAAGAGGAAAUAUCAUCCCCGACCAUCAAUGCACCAAAAAAUUACCACACACAAGAAAUAGAUAAACGGAUGGAGCUAAUUUGGAGGUACCUAGAGGAGGGGAAAACCUCCAAUGACAGAGGAGAGGAAGAGAAGAUAAGAAGAGCAGCCAGCCAGCUCAUAAGGGGCCAACCGCCAUGGCAAGAAAUGCAUCUUUGCAAGGAUAUUAUUGGCCGACCAUGGAGGCAGACUCAAAGGAGCUGGUCAAGAAAUGCGAUAAAUGCCAAAAAGCACGGAGAUAGGUCGCAUAGUCUUGCUCAAGAGACAAAGCCAUCAUGCAACCCUUGGCCGUUUGCAAAAUGGGGAAUGGACAUCCUUGGGCCAUUCCCAACGGCGAAAAACCAGAAAAAAAUGCAUCUUUAUGGCGAUCGACCAUUCCACCUAAUGGGUUGA